AAAAUUUUAAAAGCUUGUUCGGUCAAAACCGAUUGCAGAUUCGUCUUCUCCAUGGUUGAUUAUGCGGUACGCGAUAACUUCUGGAUCGGGGUACUUUAGAAAAAAUUUUCGACAUCGUUUUGCCUUUUUGGUCCCAUAAGGUAACAUUCUGAAAAAUUUUUGAGCAAGACCAUGGGAAAAUUUUUUUCUAAAGCACCCCGAUCCAAAAGUUAUUGCGUACCACAUAAUCAACCAUGGAAAAAACGAAUCUGCAAUCGGUUUCGACCGAACAAGCUUUUGAAAUUUUUCGAUCCGGUGAUAUGUUUGACUGUAUAUUUUUGAUUAGAAUGAAUAAGUUUAAGCAGAUCUGGCGUUGAUAAGAAAUAAUUAUAAAUUUCAGUGCAUGAUAACGAUGAGUUUAAGCGAAUUUUUAACUCAGCUGCAAUCUUUCGACAUACGAUUUCUUUUAUCGUUAAAUAGAUGUUUCAUGGAAGAAAAUGCACUUCCGACGUAUGAAUUACUGCACGAAAUUGAAAAUAUAAACGAAACUAAUUUGUGCACGUCUGGAGAUGGUGUUGGUUUGACAAUAGGAUGAGAAAGAGAAUCCUCAAUAAAUAGACAUUCUUUUUUUAAAUGUUAUAUGUAAACAGGGGAAAAACAGCAAAAGCGGACAAUUCUCAAAAUGCGGACAAAUAGCGGACAGCGGACAAAUUGCGGAAAAAACUCCAAAAUGCGGAAUUUGUCCGCAAAAUGUGGACCAUCUGGGAAGUCUGAUUCUGAUAUCUAAACAGUACAGAAACAAAAUUAGAGCACAAGAAUCAAACUAGAAUAAAUAUAAGAGACAAGUUCUAAACUCUGUAACCUUCAAGAUCAAAAGCUUUAGAAAAAAGAUAACCAAUUUGCUGGUCGAAAAUGAUACUUUUCAAAAGAAAGGAGAGAGCAGCAUUUUAACUAGAAGAAAAUUUGUUAUUGUUAUUCACCUACAGUUAAUUUUUCUAAUUAAAUUCGUUUUAAAAAGAUAAACGUUUUCAAAAUCAUCUUAAAUAGAUGUCGUAUAUACGCAGUUUUUUGAAUAAUAUUAUAUGUUCAUUAUGUUAUAUUGAUAUCACAAAAAGAAUGAAAAAACAUUUUUCGAUGCUGAGUGAUGGAUUCGUUAUUUUUUACGUACUAGGUUAACUUACAAUGACAUAUGAGUCCACAUGACCAUAUAUCUUGGUCGUCUAUAAUACAAUACAUUGCGUGUUUUUUCUUUUAUAUUGGAGGCAGACAUAUUUCAGAUCUGUUGUUCAGAACUUAAUGUACCUUGGCAUUGAACUAAAAAUCAAACCGUAACAACGGACGUACACGUAAAAGCAACGCUAUGCUAUAACGAGUAGCAUAUGUUUUACGAUGUGUCGGGUUUCUCGCUUCCACUAAUCAGUUUAAUUAAACAUAUUUUAGCAGAUUAAAAUACAAAUUUUGUUUCUCUUUCUGAUACUAAAGCUAUCUUUUUGAAGUUUUCGAUAAGAAUUAUAUAAAAUGAAGGCACAAAUACAUGUGUAAAAGAUGAAUAUUUUCUAUUGUUAACAGAAAAUGGUGCUAGAUUAUUUUUACUGUAGACAAGAAAAGCUAGCUCUCGAAAUCAGGUGCAGAAUUAUAAAAAUAAAUACAAUCGUUUUUCGCUAACUGUAAACGGUUUUUAGACUUAGCGAAGGCGCAGAUAUAACGGUGUACGGGAAGAAAAUCUUUUCUCAAGAAGCUACUCUAAAAAUUCUUUUUUAUAAAAUUUUAUUUUCACUGGAAAUAGUUUCCCGUGUUCACAAAUUUUUAUAAGCUUUCAACAAGAAAGUAUUUUCAGUAAUUGGUAGAGAUCGGACAUACUUCUCGCUCUCCUAUACUGCAAAAAUAUAAUAAUAACAAAUGGAAGUGUGUUGUUCAUUCAUGUAAUACGAAAAUAUAAAUGAAAAUCAUGAAAUUUACUGUAGAAUUGCGUAACUAAAUGAAGAAUGACGUGCAGAUAUUUUCUCUUUAUGAAAAAGUUUUCAACUUUUGGUCUUGCUCCAAUUUGAAAUGACACAUUCUUCUUGUAUAGCAUAGUGAAGAAACAUGUAUUGUUCCUACUUCUCUUCAUUUGAACGAUGAGUUCAUAUGUUGUUACUUUCUUUUGUAGAUUUUAUAUUUCUAUUUUUGAAUCGAACAGUGAUGCCCACAGAUAAUACAACAGCUGCCAGCGCGUGGCAUCAGUUAUCUGUGCCAAAAACCAAAACAACAACGCAAACAACGUCGUUAGAAACAAAUAAUACAAAUGAUUGGCCUAGUCUUUCACAAGCUACUAUACUGCCUGACAAACCAGCAAAAGAAAAGAAGACACCUGUGAUUCAACGACCUGGAAAUAAAGCAGAUGAAACGAUAACAAAUGAAAAUGAAACGUCGUCAUUCUCUUUGGACAGCAGGACGACGCCAGAACCUCCUAAUGAUAAUGAAACUGUCGCAAAAAAUGAAAACUUAAAUAAUGAUGUUUUGACGAACGAUGUUAUAAAAAGUGAGACCAGUGACAUAGAUAUUUCUGAUAAUAAUAAAAAAAACGAAAAUACCGUUUCUGCCACAACAAACGAUGCUUCUACGCUUCCUGAUGCAACAAUAGAUGCAGCGCCCAAUACUCCAAAAACACCUAAAAAGAAAGCAAAACAAAAAUGGAUACCGCUUGUUAUUGAUCAACAACCUUCAGCAUCGGCAACAGCGGCUGAUGUCACAUCAACUAGGGGUGCUCGCGGUGCUAAACGAGGCGGACGUCCUCGAACACGAAGUUUAGAUGAUUAUCGCGGUCGAGGUCGAGGUAACUGGCAUUACGAAUCGUAUAAUAAACGAAAGAAAAAGGAACCGUCAGUUGAUCAAAAUGCUGUUAGUAGUACUGAGAAAACUGGAACAGUAACAACUAGCAGUACCACGACAACAACAGUAGCUCCAACAACUACAUCAGCGACAAAACGUGAAAGUCGUGACAAUUUUCAUAAGUUUAUUUUUGAUGACGAAGUUACUGUCAUUGAUGAUUGUUCAUUUGUUCUACCAUACAUGGUAGACAAUACCGGAACUAACAACAGUCUAUAUUAUUAUCAACAACAACAGCCAUCCGAAACAGCUACAUAUACUCAGAGUCAAUUACGUGAUUUUGUUCGCCGUCAACUAGAAUAUUAUUUCAGUGACGAAAAUUUAGAAGUCGAUAUUUACCUACGACGAAAAAUGUCUAGAGAUGGUUAUGUACCCUUAUCAUUAAUAGCUGGUUUUAACCGUGUUAAAUCGUUAUGUGAAGAUUUUAACAUGAUUAUUGAGGCAGUAGCAGACAGUGAUGUUAUUGAAAUGACAGAUAAAUAUAUGGUACGCUGUCGUACAAAUCCUGAAAAAUGGCCACUUAUAUGUGAUGGUAUUGAUCCAAAUGUACUAUCAUUAAAUCCAGAUGUAGCAGAAUUUCAACCAGGAAAAAUAUGGAAAACAGAUAAUUCUAGUAAAUAUCAUAUGUUUGUUUAUAUGACACAAUGGGUUAAUAUUUACGUAUGCAUUUUUGCAGAUCAAAAUAAUAUUACCGUUCAUGAUGUAAUAAGUUCAAUAAAAUCAGACAAUCAAAAGAAAAUUUCAGAUGAAACAGUAUGGCAAGUUGUGCCCACGAAAAAGAAAAAAGCUGUUAAGAAAAAAGAGAAGAAAGAACAACAAAAUCAACAGCAAAUUGAUGAUGAUGCAACGAAUGAUACGCGAGAAGAGCUUGACUUUAAAUUCGAUGAAGAAUUACCUUCUAAUAAGUCCAUUUUAACCUCAAGCAACAUGCCAAAACGUCGCAGAGCAAACUCAUUAAAUCUUCAUUUUCCCGAUACGUUAAGCGACGAAUCAGAAUUUGAAUUAGCCGAUGAUGAUAUUGAUAAAAUAUUGAUUAUAACACCUACACCACCAUCGACACGUAAGCAGCAGCAUAAUAUUCGUAGUGCGGAGCAUCAUAUUAUAAGAGCGAAGAUGACAUCAGAAAUGGCAAAAAUAAUUGAUGACGGUUUGAGAUGGUACGAAGAAGAAUUAUGGCACGAGAGACCUACAAGUUCAAGAGCCAAAGAUAAACUCAGUGACAAAACAGUGAAAUUAAUAACACAAGAAGAGAUGAAUUUGAUGCGAAAUGAAUAUGUCGAACAAGAAUCAAAAUUAGUGGAAGAUGAAGAUAAUGACAACGACAAUACGAAUGACGCAGAACUACAUCAAGCUAAGAGAGAAAAUACAAAACAAGGAGAUACAUCACAACGCUCAGCAGCAAUACCUAUCAAAAUACCUCCUCAACAAGAACCGUUUUUUCGUCCGAAACAUUUGCCAAUUAGUACACAACAUGAUUUUGUAUCACAUUCAUUACCAAAUGAUUUAAAAAAUUGUCCACCAUCUACUGCAACAACAUCAAACGAAAAUAGUAAUCAACAACAGCAACAAUCACCGAGCAAUACUCAACAAGAACCACGUACUCCACAUUCACGUGCCAGACACCAAACAAGAUUUUAUCCCGUGACAAAAGAACUAACAGUCAUAGAACCAAAUAGAAAAACACGUCACACUGAAAAUCCGCCAAUCGAAAGUUCUGUCGGUUGGGUGUUUGAUUCUCGUGGACAUGUAUCAUCGAAACCUCGAAGUAAUACAAUAGCGGGACAACAAACAUCAGAUGCGGCCACAAAUCGUCAAGAUUAUAACUAUGAUCAGUAUCAAAUGUCUGAAUAUGGAGACUAUUAUGACUAUGAUAGAAGAUAUAGUUACAAUUAUGAUUAUUACAACGAUUACAAUUAUUCCCAACCGUUUGGAACAACUCCCGUUGAAAUACCACAAUUUCAACAUCCAUCACAUUCAUUAUUAGAACAAAAUGGUUUUACACAACAAGUUUAUGUUAAAUAUAAACAUCGUUGUCUUGAAGAACGAAAACAAUUUGGAUACGGUCAGUCACUGGAAAUGAAUACACUUUAUCGUUUUUGGUCAUUUUUCUUGCGAGAAAAUUUUAAUCGUCGAAUGUACAAUGAGUUUAAACAAUAUGCAGUUGAAGACGCAAAAACUGGACAUAGAUAUGGUUUAGAAUGUUUAUUUCGAUAUUUUACUUAUGGAUUAGAAAACCAUUUUCGACUUGAAGUGUUCAAGGAUUUUGAAGAAGAAACCUUGAGAGAUCACGAAGCUGGUCAAUUAUAUGGAUUAGAAAAGUUUUGGGCUUUUUUGAAAUAUUCAAAACGUAAUCCUGUCAUAAAUCCAAAAUUACAAGAUAUACUUAAAAAUUAUAAACGACUGGAAGAUUUUCGUAUUGAUGGAGCAAGUUUUCCACAGCAAUGGUAUCCAAGUAAAACGGGUAUUAAAACUGUACCGGCGCCAGAAGCAGCAGCUGCAGCUGCUCUAAAAGAAAAUGCUUCGUCUAAUACAACGACAAUUACAAGUGGUGGAAAUAAUCUUUCUUCUACUGCCACUUCUAUUCCUACUCCUCCUCCUACUAGUACUGUGAAUGAUCCUGCUCAAACUCGUCGUCAGUAUCGACCCAAUAAUCGUCGUACGACAUCCGAACGUUGA